AUGAGGGCGCAAGCAGCGGUAACGACAGUUGCUGCUGCCACAGCAUCUGUUGCCCCGAUCGUGGAGGCAGCAGAGCCACAGCCGGUGGCCUUUUACCCUACCGCGUGCUCAAACAGAGGAGGUAUUUAUUAUCCAUCCGACUCAAAGCACUGGUCUGGGCUGGGAACAUGGGAACUUGGGUUGCCGGAUUUGGGGACAGGAGGUAAUGGACAAUAUGGCUUUGACACCAUAGCAGGUCUCAAUCCCAUGACCAGUGUUGGAUAUCAAAUGUCCAACGUUCUCAUAUCAGCUAUCAACUCGACAAACUACUUUCUCGGAUUCUUCGGCGUUGGAAUGAGAUCAGGUAACUUUGGUGACAUCGUUGCCACUCCUCCAAUGAGACAAGCCGUGGCAUCAUUUGGUUGGGUUUCCAGUUACAGCUACGGAUAUACUGCUGGGGCAUCAUACCGCAACACUGUUGGAUCAGCGACGCUGGGUGGCUAUGAUGCGGCCAGACUAGCCAUGCACGACAAGACAUUUACCAUGAAUCAGACGGAAGGUGUCCCCAGACCCCUUAUUCGAGGAAUUGAGGUAUCCUCAUCAAACGAAAGCAGCUGGAAAACAGCCACCCGGAUCUUGUUGGAUUAUAACAGUGCCUUUACGGCCGUUAUUGACACGACAACACCCUACCUCUGGCUUCCUCCCGCGUUGUGUGACAAUUUUGCCACGGCGCUUAACUUGACCUACAAUGAAACUUUCCAGCUUUACACCUUGACAAACGAGCAGUAUCGCCAGUAUUCAUCCAGCAGCUCCCUUGCUUUUGUGUUUAGCUUCUCAAGCAUGGACAAUCACGAUAACUUUGGCGACCCUCUUGAUGUUACUGGUGUAGUAAACAUUACGGUGCCGAUCACAACCUUCGUGAGCUUAUUGAGCUACCCCUUUAUGAAGGGAGCUGUUGGAUAUACCGACCCUGCCGUUCCGUACUUUACCCUCAGGAAGGCCCCUACCAAUGGCACCGCGAUUAUUGGUAACGCAUUCAUGCAAGAGGCCUACCUCAUGACGAAAUAUGAUUCUGGCGUCUUUUCAAUACAUCAAGCACGGUUUCCCAGCGAUCCGACUGGAGAUGCAAAGCUGACCAAGAUAAACCGACCAAACAACAGCCCAUUCCCGCCGCCACCAGACUCCAACGGUAGAAAUGGUCUUUCGACAGCAGAGAUGGUUGGUAUAGCUGUUGGUGCCGUGGCAUUCUUCAGCACACUUGUAUUUGCCUUCUUCUGCUACAGACGCCAUAAACGACAACAGCGUGAACGAUCGGGUGACGACUUUGAUGAUGACAAAGACUCCGCGUCGACACUCACACCAGACUCCCCCAGGAGUCCCAUAUCCCAAAUGCUUUCCAGGAUCGUUGGACGCAGACGAUCUCGAAGGGCAGGAGCAACCAUGACAGCCAGCGGUGACCCAUCGGAAGCCCCUGAUCACCAAAUAUACGAACUUCCAGCUCCCGCAGCUCCCGCCGAAUUGGAUGCUGGAGGCAGCGACGAUAACUCCAUUCUGGGCGAAACAGACUCAGGCACAGACAGCACACAGCACCUCAGUGCCUACGAGAUUGCAAGGAGAAAAUUGGAUCGGCAGCUUCAAGGUCCUGUGCCGGAAUAUACACCACCCGUUGACGGAACUGGUGUGCAACUGGAGAAAGCUUCUGUGCCUGAGGUGCGGCCAACUCUUGAAACGAACAUGAUAGACCAACCAUCACCAAUUUCUCCAGCAAGAUCUCGUGGCGCUGAUUCGACCUCGAACACUCUCCUCGUAUCCGAGCCAUCGCCGGUGUCACCAAGAGGAGACUGGAAUUCAGCCGAACUGCCUUCGCCUGUAACGGCAUCCAUGCCCCCUAGAUCAUAUUCAUCAGGCACUAGAAGCGGAGGUCAAUCUACGGCAAGCCGAUCCUUGUCCGUAAAUUCCAAUUCACCAGCAUCCCAAGCGACUGACACAAGACCUCCCCCAAUACCUGCCGCAUUUCAACGGACUCCUAUUGAUCCCUCCAAAGUUGUGUGCCUGGGCCCGUUGCCUGAGAGCGUUCACUUGUCAGGCCAUAUCGUAGGCACAGGGUCACGCAUGAUGAACUCCGAUGGAUGCGAGAUACCUGCUAGCAUGUUUGUUCCCGGAUCUCACGCAUCUGAAGGAAGUCUGGGGAGUAAUUUUACAGAAGAAGAGGACAGAAUGGCCGAAGAAGAAGAACCACGAGGCACCAACCAUUCGAGCAUGAGACUAAACGGCGGUCACCACGGAACUAUACGAAGUCAAUUGAACACAGACCGACAACCACUCCCUUCUCAGCCAGGAGAACAUGAAAGCCAAACUGGGUCCCCUAGGCCAGUACAUUCGGAUAGGUCAUCCGAGGAAGGCCGCAUCGAUACUGGUCGCGAUCUCAUCCACGUUCCUCAAAUGGCCGAUAAACGGUACAGCUGGGAAGAAGAUCGAUCAUGA